UAUCGCGAUAUUUGCCGUUAUCGCGCAAUCUCACCAGGAUGAGGAACGCCAUUGGACAAAACUAUCAGGACAAUGUCUGCCGCAAUCAUCGUGGUCGUCUUGUAUAAAUCUGCGCGAUCGCAGAUGGCUCGAUUAGAAGAGAGUAACCCUGCGUCGGAUUAGGACUGCACGAUGUCUGAACCCGCCUAUUUGGAGAAGAAGGGGGAGCCCGGUCACGUCAAUGCCCUCGAUUUGGAGGAUACAAGUUCAGUAGAUGCUUUUACUGAACUGGUUGCUGAAGACCACCAGCAUGAAAUCAAGCUCCGGACUAUGACAUGGCAGAAGGCGGCAUGGUUGCUCGCUGGAGACCAGGUCUGCCUGGCCAUCAUGGCUCAGUCAUGGUCGCUCUCCGUUUUGGGAUGGGUCCCAGGAAUUAUCACCAUGGUUGUUUCUGCUGCCUUCUUUUGGAUUACCUCGAUUACCAUGCACAAGUUCAUUAUGAAGCAUCCAUACAUUAAGGAUAUCUGUGACUUCGGGUACUAUGCAUUUGGGAAGAGCAGACUUGCUUAUGGAUUCUCUUCGUUCAUGCUGCUCGCGAACAACAUUAUCCUGAUUGGAUUUCAUAUCCUUACCGGUGCUAAGAUCCUCAACACACUGUCAGACCAUUCGCAGUGCACUGUUGUCUUCUCAGUCAUUUGUACGUUAAUGGGCAUCGUGUUGUCCGCGCCAAGGACUUUACGCCAUGUUUCGUUCAUGUCAAUGUUCUCAGCUGCUUGCAUGGGCAUUGCGAUCCUCCUUUUCCUUAUCUUCGCCGGCAUCGAAGACCAUCCUCUAGUGGGAAACACCGGGAACUAUCCUUCUGAAGGACCAGUCCGCACCUAUGCCUUUCCUCUCCCAGGAACUACUUGGGUGGCAUGUCUCAAUGCUGUCUUGAACAUUACUUUCCUCUGGGUUCCUCAGAUCCUUUUUCCAACCUUCAUCGCCGAGAUGGAAAAGCCUCAAGACUUCCCCAAGUCUCUUGCAGUCCUUGCCGCCAUUUCGAUCGUCCUCUUUAUUGUCCCACCCGCCAUUGGAUUCAGAUACCUGGGCCAAUACGCAACCGCCCCAGCCUUCGGCAGUCUCGGCGUCGUUGCCUACAAGAAAGCAUCUUUCGCAUUCGUCAUUGUCCCGACACUCAUCAUAGGCUCCAUCUACGCCAACGUUACCGCCAAAUUCAUCUAUUAUAAGAUCAUGCGACAGUCAAGACAUGCGCACAGCAACACUGUCCUUGGCUGGAGUGUCUGGCUCUUGGUCAUGGGCAGCAUCUGGGGCAUCGGUUUCAUUUUCUCUGAGGUCGUACCUAGCAUGGGUGAUUUCCUCUCCCUUCUGGGUGCUGCUUUUGACUCGUUCUUUGGCUUCAUUUUCUUUGCUAUUGCAUACUGGCAACUCUAUAAGCGGGAACUAUUUACUGGACUGGGGAGGUCUGUUAUGACCUUGAUUCACGUCCUAGUCUUGCUGAGCGGUUUGUUUCUGCUGGGUCCGGGACUUUAUGCUGCUGUUGAGGCUAUCAUCUCCGAUUAUUCGGGCAGCACUACUCCGGCAUUCACCUGUGCUAAUAUGGCCAUCUAGACGGAAAAAUGUCUUGGAGCUGCAAGGAAGGAUAGUUGCUUGAUGCAGGAGACUAGGUAGCUAAGAGGCUGAAGCGGGCCAUUUAUCUAUCCUACUAUAUAACCAGCUAGACCUAAUGCAAUAUUAUACCAAGCCAA